UCUCACUACCUUUGGCGUUGAUUUAACCGAUAAUCUGCCGUCUUUAUGCCUUCUUCUACCUUAGAUUCCCAAACACCUCAACUCAUCCAUUUUGUUGUGGUCUUAGUUCACCCAAAUUGAGAAAACAUGAUGAAAUAUAUCUGCAAAUGCCUCUUUUGCGUCUCGAUUGAGAACCAACCUAAGAGCAGUAGCUCAAGCAGGCAGAGAGACUAUCCAUGGGAUAUCUACACACUCAAAGAGCUGGUCCACGCCACGAACAACUUUCACAACGAUAACAAAAUCGGUGAAGGAGGAUUCGGAAGCGUUUAUUGGGGCCGAACAAGUAAAGGAGUCGAGUUGGCGGUAAAAAGGCUGAAGGCGAUGACCGCGAAAGCAGAGAUGGAGUUUGCAGUUGAGGUAGAGAUACUUGGUAGGGUUAGACAUAAGAAUUUGCUAGGGUUAAGAGGAUUCUAUGCUGGCGGAGAUGAAAGGCUAAUAGUAUAUGAUUAUAUGCCUAACCAUAGCUUGCUCACUCAUUUGCACGGACAACUCGCUCCCGAUGGCCUAUUGGAUUGGCCUCGAAGGAUGAACAUCGCAAUUGGAUCAGCCGAGGGGAUCGCAUACUUGCAUCACGAGGCGAAGCCUCACAUCAUACACAGAGACAUAAAGGCGAGCAACGUGCUCCUAGACUCGGAAUUCGACGCCAAAGUAGCGGAUUUUGGAUUCGCGAAGCUGAUACCGGAAGGGGUGAGUCACCUAACCACGAGGGUGAAAGGAACCCUAGGGUAUCUAGCACCCGAAUACGCCAUGUGGGGGAAGGUCUCGGAGAGCUGCGACGUGUACAGCUUCGGGAUCCUGCUCCUCGAGAUCAUCAGCGCCAGGAAGCCCCUGGAGAAGCUCCCCGGGGGUGUGAAGCGCGACAUCGUGCAGUGGGCCACGCCGUUUCUCGACAAGGGAGCGUUCGAGCAAAUAGCCGACCCUAGGCUGAAGGGCAGGUUCGACCGGGACGAGCUAAAGAGAGUCAUCGCCAUCGCCCUCCGUUGCACGGAUGCGGAGGCGGAGAAUAGGCCGAGCAUGGUGGAGGUGGUGGCAUGGCUCAAGGGCGGAGUCGGGAGUAGGAGGAGGGAGGUACGGAUUCACAAAUAUAGUACAGAGGAUGAGUAUGACGACGAUGUUCGGGUGAAUGAUGUGGAGACGACGUCGUAGCAUGAUUUGAUCAUAGUGGUUUGUGAAUUGUUGUUAUAA